AUGGAAAACGAACCAUCUAGUGAUAAUCGUGAUUCGAAUGAGCAAGAUAUUCGACGACGAUUACACGAGCGACCACGCAACGCAUCGUCGGGUGAUAUCGAUACACAACCGACAUUUCUAAGGAGUAGAUCUGAUUCGUCCAAAACAAAUUUACGUGAUAAAACCGAUGAAUUAGCCGAUUCAGUUUUCGAAGUACCAACAAAAUGUGUUGAGCAAGCCAAAGAAGUUGGCAAACGUGUUGUUGAAUAUGUCGUUGAUCAUGCUCUUCUUCCACAUUGGUUGGUGGAUAAUGAAUUUUUACUUUCUGGACAUCGACCACCAAUGCCAAGUGUUAAACAAUGUUUUGCAUCAAUAUUUCGUCUACAUACUGAAACAGUUAAUAUUUGGACUCAUCUAUUGGGUACACUGUUUUUUAUAUGCAUAACUGUUUAUUAUAUUACACAACCAGCCAAUGAAGUUCACAUAGAGAGAAAAAUUGUAUUUUGUGCCUUUUUUCUCGGUGCCAUUAUUUGUUUACUCUUUUCAACAUUAUACCAUACAUUGUCGUGUCAUUCACCGCAAUUUGCAUACAUUUUUAACAAACUUGACUAUUGUGGAAUAUCGGUCUUGAUUAUUUCUUCAUUUAUUCCUUGGAUCUACUAUGCAUUCUACUGUGAAUUUGGAACAAAAAUAGCGUAUUUAUCAGUCACUACAAUAUUAGGCACCGGAUGUAUUAUCGUUUCAAUGUGGGAUAAAUUUGCCUCACCUGCAUAUCGUCCAUAUCGAGCUCUUCUCUUCAUUGCAUUUGGCCUUUUCGGUUUUAUUCCAACAAUGCACUAUGGAUUACUAUUCGGUUUUAGACAUGCUUUUACAACUGGUGCUGCUCAAUGGUUGGCACUAAUGGCCGUUCUUUAUAUUACGGGUGCUUCUCUCUAUGCUGCGCGAAUACCUGAACGAUUGGCUCCAGGUUACUUUGAUAUAUGGUUUCAAAGUCAUCAAAUCUUUCAUGUGUUUGUCGUGGCUGCUGCUUGUGUUCAUUAUUAUGGCAUUUGUAUACUAUCACGUCAUCAAGAUAGUAUCGGAGAUUGUCAUGCAAGUGUAAUAUCACCGAGUAGUAGUGUAUUGACGUCGUUCUUUCGCUAA